GUGAAUUAUUUUCGUUAUGAUCAUGUGCAACGUUCGGAAUGUCAUAUAAACAACAUUGAAUAAAAGAAUUUUGACAGAGGACAUCGCACCAGUCUGAAGGGGAAUUUUGAGGUAGACGGUACUCCCGAUCAUAUACUCGGUGUUUUUAAACAACAAUACACAUUUCUUUCAAUUAAUUAAUAAUUAUUUUAAUACUUUAAUGCACUCUACUUAUAUUACAUAAGUUUAUUAGACGAACAUUUGACCUACGAAGUCAUUACUGCGCAGGAAUACUAAAACAAGUAUACCUUUGUAAAAACAAUCGUAUAAAAUUCAAAACAAAAAAAAUACUAAACUCAGAACAUUAUAAUCUUAAAUUCUAUUAAUUACGAACAUUAUCUCCGUUAUACACAUGCGCAACAAUUUUCAAUAAAAUAACUUUGAUAGAGGACAACGUUUCAGUCUAACAGUGGAUUUUGAGGAAGAAGGUGCAUCGAAGCUCACAUUUUAUGAUCAAAUCUUCAACACACCUCAUUCCAUUGGAUCACGAAGUUGGUAUCAUCUUGUGUAUUACGUAACAUGUGUACUUCAAUUUCUUUUUGAAGAAAAUCGUUGAUACGCAAUCGAUCUUUACACGAUGAAUCAUCAUUGAUUGAUACCAAAGAAUAAUAAGUUUUGUAGAAUGAAUUUAUACGAGGAAGCCUUCGAUGAUACACGGCUAUUCCAUUUGAACAAAAUUCCAUGAGCCAUUGAUAUAUACAAGAGGACAAGGAAUGAUACAAAUAUAGAAUUUAAUUUAACUGUAAUUCUGAAAGAAAAAGAAAAAACAAACAAAAAGAGACGAUAGACAUUCGAGAAGUUUAAUUGAUUUUUAAUCGAUGUUUCGUAAAUAAUACGUGUGUGUGCCAAGUGCAUAACCGUAAAAAGUGACGUUUUGAGAGGAAAGUGCGUGAAUAAUUUGAAAGGAAGGAAAAACAAGAAAGAUAUAGGAGGAGUGUAGAAAACAAAAAACUAAAAAGGGAAUAAUGUCAAGUAGCGUGUGUCACGCACCCCUACCAACACGAAUGGAAACAUUCACCACGAGACUUUGUCUACGUGCGGUUGAUCAGUAUGAGCGGCUUUUGCAGGCUCACUUCAACAAGGUUUUUCUUGUUACAGUCUUCUUCCAACAAAGAACAAAACCGAAUAAAUAAUCAUGAUUCUUCGGCACGCAAAGAUACAAGACGUCAGAAGGAUGCAUCUUCAAGUAACAGCAAUUACAGUGCCUUUCGGCAAUGGAGGAGAAGUACAUCCGUUGGUACCAAUCGGUCCAACAGUGCUGGACCAAGAACCGUCAAUUCUAUUGCCAAAUUACCAAACGAUGCAGCUACUAUCAAAAAAAUGGAACAAUUUCCUCUUGUUCUUUCCGAUACUACUAUGCCCGAUGAAGAUUUGUCUUUGAAGUUUCUCGCAUUGAAUGCUUUGGAUCUUACUGCACCAGCUAGCGAUGUAUUAUUGAAAAAUAGACUGAAAUCUUGGUUCCAAUUAUCUGGACAUCCUGAUGGUUUUGCACCUGCUGGACCUGGAACUGUAUGGAAGAGAAAAAGUGGAGGAGUUGAAAAUACUGAACGCAUUGUCUACGAAGCUUUAAGUAAAGAUGAUGCAUUUCGAGAUUGCAUUCCAAGGUAUUACAGAGAAGUCGAAUAUAAAGGAGACACGUUCAUCGAGUUACAAGAUUUAUUAUUUGGUUUUAACGAUCCUCAUGUAAUGGAUAUUAAAAUGGGUACACGAACGUUUUUAGAAUCGGAAGUAUCGAAGACCAUGGCAAGAUCAGAUUUAUAUCAAAAGAUGAUUGCUGUUGAUCCGAAUGCACCUACAGAACAGGAACACGAACAACGUGCUGUUACCAAAUUACGAUAUAUGCAAUUUCGUGAACAACAAAGUUCAACGUGUAGUCAUGGAUUUAGAAUCGAAGCUAUGAAAUUACCAGGAACACCGCCGAUCACAUUAAAAAAAGUUAAAUCGCACGAGGAAGUUUUAAAUACUAUGAAAACAUUUCUUCGAAAUAAAGAGGAAACUCGUAGAAAUUUGUUGAAACGUCUUAAGAAUCUAAGAACAAAGAUUGAACAAUCGAAAUACUUUCAAACUCAUGAAAUCAUAGGUAGUAGCAUCUUCAUGAUUUAUGACAAUGAAAAAGUUGGAGUUUGGUUGAUAGAUUUUGCUAAAACUUACGAAUUACCGGAAGGCCUUAAAGUGACACAUAGACGUCCAUGGGAACAAGGCAAUCACGAAGAAGGAUUUUUAUUUGGACUCGAUAAUCUUAUUUCUACGAUAGAAGAAGUUGAUAUCUCCUCGUGAAAGUUUCAUUCAAAAAAAUGGAGAACUUCUUCUUUAUCUUUUUUUUUCUUUUUUUUUUUUUUUAUGUAUCUUCU